AAGGGAGAGGGGAUAUGGAUUCUCCAGGUUUGUCCUGAACCUGAGUCUGCGCUAGGUUCUGUGGAAUCACACAGGAGCUCCUGCUUUCCAGCCACGGCUCUCCUGAUCUCCAAAGUGACCCCUGGGUUACCUUGACCUCAGCACCCCACCCUGCCCCAGGCCAAACCAGGCUCUCCUACUAGUCCUGUGACCUUCACUGCCCCCCUCCUUCCUCAUGCCAGGUCAGGAAAGGAGACAGCCCUUAUCGAGUGGCAGGGAGGACUGAUGGUUAUAACGCACAGUACAAGGGUGGCAGGUUGUGUCCUGUGUCAUGGGAGUGGCCUUUGCCUCUACCUUCUCUAAGUGAGUCUCAGCCAGGCUGGGGGCUCCCAGAGGCACAGGGCCUCCACAGUGGGGUCCCCAGCAAGCUGCCUGGUUUAGUUCAGGGUGCCUGCUACUUCCUGGCUGCGUGGGCUUGUCACAUCUCCUUUCUGCAUCUCAGCUUUCUCAUCUGUUAAAUGGGUAUGCCGGUACCCAAACCAUAGGGUCGUCAAAGCCUGCCUGAAGCAGGGCUCAGAGCACACCAUAAGGAGUUCAGAUGGGAAAAGAGCAAACUGGGAAGGCUCUGCCUGGGAAGGGGGUGGGACAGCCUGGAUUUGGGACGCGUGGCGUGUGCUGGGGAGGUGGGGCUAGGAGAGGUGGGGCGUGCAGAGGUGCCUCUGAGGGACAGGCUGGGCGUGGAAUUUGCUGCAGAACUCGGCGUGCACAGGCCUGCCCCGGAGGGGUUCAGAGGCCUAAACAAAGCUGGGAGCCGGCAGGGAGGGGGUGGGGGAAGGAACCUCUAAGAGAAGGGACAGUCCUCUCCCGGGGCACCCACUCCCCACCUAGGUGCAGCGCCUCUCCCCAAACACACGUGCUGCCAAGCCCUUCAUCAGUCACCCUGGCACUGACAUCCAUAAAUCCCAUUAGUCACACCGACACAAACACAUCCAGUCCCCGGCAGACAAAGACUCGGGGCCCCAAAGCGGCCGUGUCUGUCCCCAGUGGUGCUUUCCCCAUGCCUAGACCUGUGCCGACACCGCCGGCGCUCCAGCAAUCGCUGAACCGACAGCAAGCAGCCCUCCUCGCAAUCACAAACGCCUCCUGACCCGCGCACUGCAGGCCCCCGGAUAACCACAGUCGCCCCUUUCCCCCAUUCCAAGCCUCUCCCAUCUCCUCUGGGUACACACGUACUGCUGUAAUCACCCACGAAUUCCCUUGGCCAUUCCCUCUUCCGCGUCUCUCUGGAGGGGGUAGGGCUGACACUGCGCCCUCCUCCCCAAAGCCUGUGCUCGGACGGGUCAGGCAGAAAAACCAUCCCCCAAGGUCACCAGAGCUCUUCAGCAGGCGCCCCCGGGAGCUGAUUUAUUGGCGGUUUAUUUGGAGAAACGCUAUCGCUCUUAGAUUCUGGAGGGGGGAAAAACACGCUCGCGGUGGACUUUAACCUUGGGCUGAAACCACAGCGCUUUGUUUUCGGAGGUGCUUCCUGGGGCGCCGCGGCAGGGCUGGGGCCUAGCGGGGGAAGCUGGGCCGGAAUGUGGCCCAGCAGCCUCUCCACUCCCAGGCUGCGCUUCUGCCUGCCCGGGCAAGCGCUCAAAUUCCUCUGGGCCCGGCCGGAAGCCCUCGGUCCCUCCAAAAGUGCUUCUAGAAAUUUUAGGAAGGAGCCGAAGCUCCUUGGGUGAGGGCGUCCUUGGAGCGAGGUUUCCAAACCCUCCCAUCCCAAGCCCCCGGCAUGUGCCACCCGCCGUUUGCAGUCGUGUCACUGGCAUGGUGAGGUUUUCGGGAGGCACCCAUGAAGGGCUGAAUGCUCCGGUUUCCGUGCACCUUAAGUCUGGAGCAAAACCCCGCUGGAGGUGGUUGGCUCCAAUCGCGCCCAUGGUUUGCUUGGCUGAUGUAAGACACCAGCGCGAAGGCCUGUUCCCGCCCCUCUGGCAGAGAUAAACUAAGCGUUAUUAUUGCAAAUGCACCCUCUCUGGAUCUGCUCCCCACGACUAUUCGUGUGUCAAAACCGCCGCUUCCACCAGGCAGCCACAAGGGCGAGACCCAUUCCCGCUUUCCCCAUUGCUGAGCCAAAGCUCGCAGCCAAGGAGGGCUCCAAGCCGGGACCCCGGUUGGAGAAAAUCCUGGGGCAUCCAGCGGCACGGAGGGUGGGAACCAGAUGAGCCUCCGCCUCUGCGCACGGUGCCCACAGUCACACCCCCCGUUGGUCCACCUGUGCCAAAAAAAAAAAAAAAAAAGGCCCUUCAUGCGCCCGCAGAGGGCUCUGAGGAGGCACGAGAUGAAGGCAGGGUCCGCGGAGAGGUGGCAAGCUGAAUUCUGAGAAGCCGCUCUGACCCUGACCCUGGCGUCGCCCCUCCGUGGUGCAGGUGGCACCGGAGUUGGGCUCGAGCGGAGAGCCGCAUGCCCAUCCCAGUCUCACCGAGCCUUCCUAGGAGGAAAUGCCAGGCCCGGGCGCCCCUACCCCAAGGCGGUGAUCCUGUGAAGCUCGGGCCACCUCAGGGUCCAGCGCCCUCAGAUGGUGUUGACACCGAGGAACGAGGCCGUUCCCUCUCUUUGGUGAACGGAGAAGCUCCUGGCGUGGUUCCCUGCGCAGUCUCCGGGUCCCCAGGCCGUGAUGGGGUGAGCAGGGUGCGCGGCGUGGCCCGGGACACGAGACCGGCCCGGAGCACCCCGGCGUGAGCAGCGGGAAGGAGGGCCCGCCCGGAGAUUUAUGGCCGCAGCCGGCCCCCUGCGCACUGAGGGCGUCUUGGUCCUUUCCCAGCCAAACAGUGGAGUGGAGGACCCGACCCCGGCUGGAGGAAGAGGCCAGGGCCGGAGGCGGGGCCGAGAGGAGCUAGAAUCCAUCGGGGCUGGGCCUGGCGCAUCAGUCCGAAUUCUGCCCGCCUUGCGCCCUGGUCUCGGUGGGGUGUGGGGCGCUGGCGCCGCGUCCCUGGUCUUUCAGGCAGGUCCGGGCAGCUCCUGGCUGGGUUGGCCCGACCUAGACUUGGCGCUGUAUCGCGGCUGGGCCUGUCGCAGCGAGGGGACGGCCAACGUGGCUUUCCCGGGCACAGCCUCUCCGGGUUUUAGCCGCGCCCGCCAGACACGGAACCUGCGGAAACCGGCGCUUAAGACACCCAGCCACACGGCCUCUCAGCUGGCAGCAGAAGCUGGCAAUCCCUCAGGGGGGUGCCCUUCAGUGAGAUGCCAGCGGAGAGUGGGGGCUUUGGUCCCCACCUGGAAAGGCGGUUGGCGCGACGGGUGGAGUGGCUCGGGUGGCCGCGCCAAGGAAAGGAUCCUGGCUUUUUCUUUCCCCGCUGGGGGAGGGAUAAGGGGAGAAUGUGUCCAAGCGGCCAGCAAUACCAGAAUUUGGGAAGAACCGGGUUCAACGCCGAAUUGAGAGAGACCGUCUGAUCGCGGGAGCUGCACCAGCCCGGUGUAGGGGGCCGAGCCUGCGCCAACAAAAGCGCGACAGGGGUGACGGCCGGGCUCAAGGUUGGCCUGUCCUUUGGUUUUAAAACAAAGACGGAGAAUUGUGUCAGUCGGGAGGCGUCCAGGGAGCGGAGGCCGGAGCCAGCGGCCCAGGAACACAGGAAAGGCCUCGGCUCCGGUGGCCCAGGCUGGCCGCGGAGAAGCACGCUGGGCCGGGCCUCGGCUAGCCAGGGCAGAUUCUCCCGCAGCUGCGGCUUGGGGCUACAAGGAAGACCCCCCCAACCCCCAGCCGAUUUUCUACCCAGUCAAACACACACACAGACACGCGCGCGCGCGCGCACACACACACACACACACACACACACGCACUUUCACUCAAUUGCGUCCACAGUUUUUGGCCACCUAUCCCGCUGGGUAAACAAAAGUAUGAGGGGGUGGGGAGGGGAUGGAAUGGGGGUGGGGCGCGGAAGAUGGCGGCUGGACCUGGUGGUCUAUGGCCUGUGCCCUAUGGCCACAGCGCCCAGGCCUGGUUUUUACAUUUCAAUGUGGCCCGCCAUACUGGGGAGGGCGUUUCCCUGGACCCUGAAGCCUAGUUAGGGAUGUCCUAGAGGCUCCCCUUUACGAAUGGGGGCACCCGGGCUGCAGCCACUACUACUUAGCUUGGGAUCGGUCCUCCGCCCCAAGAUGGCUCCCAGUCGCUGUUUACUCAGCGACUGCAGGGACACCAGGGCGCGGGGCCGGGGAGCGGGCGAAGAUCACGGAGCGUAGACUGGCCCGGGCAGGUGGCCUCUCCGCGUGGCCCGCCCGCGCCCCCAAGCACGCGGCAGCCCUGGAAAACCGCGUGGGCAGGAUGCGUCCUGGCCGCCCCGCCUGGUGGCCAGGAACUGGGAGCCACCACCACCACCACCGCGUCCCCAGGCCCUGCUCCCCGGCCGGACUCCGGUGGCUGCAGGGCCGCGCAAAUAUGGAGUGGGUGCCAGGGGCAGGUAGGGAAGGGCCGGUGCAAGGGGGCUGGGCGCACAAAGCCCAGGCGGGGAGGGGACCUUCUCUGCCCCGAACCGCGGCCCUAAUGAAAUACCGGCUGGGUUCGUCACACCGCCGAGGCGCACACUUGAAAAAUGCAAACGCCAUUGGCAAAUCCAGGGCAAACAGGCAGAAUUUUUAUUAGCAACUAAAUGAUUUAUGGCACACGUACCCCGCCGUCACAAUUACGGCGUCUCGGAGCAUCCAGGGGGUGAAAACAUUAAACAUUUAUAAAAAUAAGCCUUUGUUUUUUCUACUCCGCAAAGCUUUUGUUUUCCCCACCCCAAAUCUCUCAGGAUAUACAUAUUUUUUCCUUGAGCUAUAUUAAAAUAAAGAAAAACAUUCCCCAAAUCCAGGGCGGGGUAAUGCGGUGGGGAAUUAGGAUCUGGGCUUGGAAUAUUGGUGGGUAAAGAGGGUGGAGAGGAAGCGAUAGGGCCUCGGGCGUGGGAGGGCUUAACUAGGAACACACAAGACCUCUGCGUAAGGCUCAAGGGCGCUCUGCGCCCCCACACACGGCCCCCUUCCCCCGCCUGGGCUUCCAGCAGCCCCGCGCAGCUCGACUGCGUUUAUUCGAUUCCUGCAGUCCCCUCCUCCCCUAAGGCACACAGACACAAUACCUCCUUUCUCUAACCCCCCUCUCCUCUCCGUCUUUGCUCCUGGCCGUCCCGGGGAUGCACCGGGCGCCUCCCGCCGCCCCGAAUGCCGAGGCCGCCACUGAGACCCGCACGCCCAGCUCCAAACGCGGACACCGUGGCUUGUUCCCCUCGGCUCCGGCUAUUUUCGUUCCUUUCUUUCCUUCUCACUCCUCCCUCCUCCCCAGCGGAGCUACAGCUUCCAAAAGAGGGCAGCCUAGAAACCAACGCAGGAAGCUCCAGGAAGGGCAACUUGAAACUGCCCUCAAGAGGCUGAACUUUUUUCCUCAAAUUUAUCCUGGAAUUAAAUUAGACACCCCCCAGUUCGUUCUCGAAGCCUCCCCCCACUUUUUUCUAAAAGUGGAGAAAAGAAAAUAGAACGAAUGG